AUGAGUGGAUUGUUAAAAAGCCAAGAACGAAAGAAUAUGAAUAAGGAUAAGGAUAAACCGACAGUAGAAGAAAGAAAGCAAGUAAAUACUCUAGAACAAUACUUUAAAAUACCUGCAAGAGAUAUUCUUAGCCCAGGUUCAUUAGAUAACUUAGAUAGGCAAAUAGAAAGCUCAGCGAUUGACUAUGUGGAAGGCACUUUGGUUAAAUCUUAUAAUGAAGGGUGUCCAGAAGCUUUUGCUAAAAUAAUUACUUUAUUGAAAGAACGACCAAUCCCUUUGACUUUGAAUGGUGUUAACCUGUCUGAAUAUUUAUUUAAAGAAUUAGAAAAAGAACUAAAAGAAAAGUAUAAUCAAGCUACUCCUGAGAAGCAGAAAGAAUUUAAACAAAAACCAAAAUAUGACUAUGACCUCGCCUCUUAUUUAAAACAAAAUAAUAUAACUCCUGAACAAUAUAAAAACCAUACUCCCCAAGAACAAUUAGCUUACUUUUAUGCUGAUAAAAACCAAGUAAAAACAAUUGAUUUAGAUUAUUUAAACCUCAGCCAACCCAGUGAACUAAUCAUUGAUAACUAUCCUAAUUUAAAGGAAAUGAAUGGAGAAGAUAUUCCCAACCUCACUCAACUAACCAUCACUAAUUGUCCUCAAUUGGAAGAAAUAGAAAUCAAUCACUCUAAAAACCUCCAACAAUUAACCUUAAAUAACUUACCUAACUUAAAGAAACUUGAUUGUUAUCAUAAUAACCUAACCACCUUAGAUUUAAGUGAUUGUGCUAGUUUAGAAAGAAUUAGUUGCUCUG